GAGCGAUCUGGUGGAACUUGCUUUGUUAACGCGGCUUUAAACCGCAGAUGAUGAAAACGCGCUGUCCACGAGACGGCAGCCGCUCGACAUGAUUUACGUGAUAUUAAUGUCCGCGUUGUCCGGGGCGGUCGUUACGUUGAUACUGCAGUUUCUGUUGAUAUACCGGAGGAGCCCCGAGCCCACGGGCAGGACAGUGCAGUAUGUCAACGUGGUGCCCGGGAACGCGCUGAAGGAUUACUUUAACACCCCCCAUGCCGAACCAGGCCAGCAGCAGGACGGCACGGCGUCGACCGUUACCGCACCGAAGCAGCAGGAGGCCGCCUCGGCGAGGCAGCAGGAAGCCCCCGUCACCGGCGGCAGCCCCAAACAACAGCCGCCACCGCCUUCCGACGGAGAGCCCACCGACGCCGACAGACCCGAAACGUGCAAUUUCCUAAACGCUAUAUUCCGGUUUCUCUUCCGGGAGCUCCGGGACACCCCCGCCGUGAGACACUGGCUCACCAAGAAGAUCAAGGUGGAGUUCGAGGAGCUGCUGCUGACCAAGACGGCGGGUCGCCUCCUGGAGGGUCUCAGUCUCCGGGACAUCUCCCUGGGCAAUUCUCUGCCCGUCUUUAAAACGGCCAAACUCAUGAAGCCGGUGCACCUGAACGAGGACGGCAUGUCCGAGGAGCUCAACUUCGAGGUGGACAUCGAAUACAAUGGCGGCUUCCACCUCGCCAUCGACGUGGAGCUGGUGUUCGGGAAGUCUGCCUACCUGUUCGUGAAGAUGCGGCGCGUGGUGGGCAAACUGAGGCUGCAGUUCACGCGCAUGCCCUUCUCCCAUUGGUCCUUCUCCUUCCUCGAGGACCCGCUGGUGGACUUCGAGGUGAAGUCCCAGUUCGAGGGGAGGCCGCUGCCUCAGCUCACCUCCAUCAUCGUGAACCAGCUGAAACGGGUGAUCAAAAAGAAGCACACCUUGCCCAACUACAAGAUCAGGUACAAGCCCUUCUUCCCGUUCCAAGUGCAGCCGCUGCUGGGCUCCGCUUGUGAUUUGGACCUGUCCAUCCAGGACAGCAGGCUGGUGGAAGGUCGACUCAAAGUCACUCUCAUUGAAUGUAGCAGACUGUUCAUCCUGGGCUCCUACGACAGAGAAACCUACGUCCACUGCACCCUGGAGCUGAGCAGCCACCAGUGGAAGGAGAAGACUCGCACCUCCAUCAAACGGACGGAGGUCAUCAAGGGGCCGUGUGGCAGCGUCGGGAUGACGUUCAGGCACGUUCCUGCCAGCGAGGGCGAUGCGGUGCAUGUCAGCAUUGAGACGGUGACGCCCAACUUUCCCGCGGCCUUGGCAGACCUGCAGAGGGGGGAUCGUCUCAUCGACAUCGGAGGUGUCAAAGUAACAUCCUCGGUUCAAGUGCCCAAACUGUUGAAGCAGGCUGGAGACCGGGUGGUGGUGCUUUACGAGAGACCUGUUCGUCACCAGACCACCUCCUCUUUUGGAAACCUCGGGACUCUUCAGGAGGGGUUCGGGCAGAUGGAGGAAACUGGUUUUAUUUCGCAGGCAGGCGGCUUUGAGGAAGACCCGGCCCCUAUCACCACCCUCUCUGACAUAUCCGACCACAAAGAAAUGGACUCUGAGUUUGAAGAGUUGAUUGUAGACUCCAAACCUAGCCAGAGUGGUGGCCCUAACAGCAGCCCCACAAAUACCAGUGACCCGAAGGAGGAUUCCCUACUUACUGUAAACCAAAGCCCCAAAAGGACUGUGGCCAACCUGGUCUCUAAGCCCCUCGGUACCAUAUCACCUAUCCUUAGCCGCAAGUUGAACCUGGUGGGUCUCCAGUCACCACUAAAGCCCCAGCCCAAAGAAUCACCAAAGCCCUCACCACAUAAAACCCAUAGUGAUCCAAUGGAGGGUCUGCAACGCCCCACUGUCCCUCCCCCACCGCCUCCGUCUCGCCCCCCAGUGCCACCAAGGCCGCAGAUACGGUUGACAUCGGCCUCCUCAGAAACCAGUCUUUUGGAAGGCAGUGAUUCUUUAACAACUACUAAUGCCCCUGUUGUUCCGACCGCGACGAACACCAUCAGCACUACGGAAAAGUCUCUCACUGGAGCCAAUGAAGAUAAGAUCGGCGCUGAGAAGAUAUGUGUCAAACCGGCUGAGGCGAAGCAGUCCACUCGGCCUGCAGAGUCCAGUGACGAGCUGCCAGUCCAUUCCACUGGGACCGGCAGCAACAAAGCGGAUCAAGCAAAGGACAAAAUGUCUGAGAGCUCCUGCAGAAUGCAGGAAAGUCUCGAGGACCGUUCCCUCUGGGAAUCCCCAGAAACCAUGUAUCGCAACCAGACGGCACACUGGCCCAAGGCCUCUGUCCUGUUUGAGGUGGAGGGCAACCAUAAGUACCUUAAUGUAGCUCUGUGGUGCAAAGAUCCCUUUAAGCUCGGCGGUUUGCUGUGCCUGGGUCACGUCAGCCUCCAGCUGGAGCAUAUAGCCCUGGAAUGUAUGGCCACAUCUUCAGCCGAGUACCAGAGCCCCUUUAGGGUGGGGCCUCCGGAGCCCAGAGCUAAUGUCAGUCGCACUGCGCUACGCAGCCUCAGCAGCCACAAGGGCUUCAAUGAGAUGCUGUGUUACGGAGACAUGACUCUGAACUUCUGCUACGCGGCCGAGGGUGACUUUGAGUGUUCGGGAGGGCUGGCCGAACGGGAGCGCCAGGAGAGCCUCCAGGAUGAGGAUCUGAGGGAGCGGGAGCAUGUCCCCGCCGCACAGCGUGACGACUUGGCCUACAGCUCCAUGCAGUUGGCGGAGCUCCGUCACAACUUCCAGGACACCCAGUUCCAGAACCCCACGUGGUGCGAAUACUGCAAGAAGAAAGUUUGGACCAAGGCGGCCUCUCAGUGUAUGACCUGCGCCUACGUUUGCCACAAGAAAUGCCAGGACAAGUGUCUCGCCGAAACUCCCUUCUGCGUGGCAGCAACCGAACGCCGUGGAGCUGACCCCGAAGCCAAAUCCACCAUCAACCGGGCCACCACUGGCCUCACGCGGCAUAUAAUCAACACCAGCUCCCGCCUGCUUAACCUCCGCCAGGUGCCCAAGACUCGGCCGGUCGAGCAGGUGGCCGACGCGGCGCCCGGAGCGGUGGAGCCCUCGCCCAAGCAAACACCCAACACUUCAGACAAUGAGAGCAGCGACACCGAGACCUACACGAGUGGCGCCAGCCCCUCCAAGCACCACGGCGGCAGUAGUAAACUGGUCCGGAGGGAAGGUGGGUUGGAUGACAGCGUGUUCAUCGCCGUGAAGGAGAUCGGCCGUGACCUGUACCGGGGGCUGCCCGCAGAUGAGCGCUCUCAGAAGCUGGAGUUGAUGCUGGACAAGCUCCAGCAGGAAAUCGACCAGGAGCUGGAGCACAACAACGCCCUGUUGCUGGAGGAGAGGGAGGCCGCGGAUGUCCGGCGCAAGGCCCUAAUUAGCACGGCCCUGGCCAAGUCCGGGGAGAGACUCCAGGCCCUCACCCUGCUGAUGAUCCACUACCGAGCGGGCAUCGAGGACCUGGAGUCGGUGGAGAGCGCCUCUCCCACGGAGCCGCAAGGCUUUAAAGGCAAAGGCGGAGACGGCUCGGAGGAAGAGGCCCUGGUGGGGACCGAGGUCUACGACAGUGACAUGUGCGGCCCCGCGGAGGCGCAGCUGCUGGAUGACAUUACGGAGGAGCAGAUCUGCGUGGAGGCGCUGCACUGAAUACGACGAGAAGGGAGGAAGAAGCGGAACGUGUGCUUCGACCUCCGAAGGAAAUUAUGUUCGUUAAAGGAGAUUAGGGAAUUCCAGCGGUCCAUUUAAGAUAUCGCAUAUGUCGGGGUCGGAUGCUUGAUUCACAGAUUUUCUUCUCUUUUAUUUCACGUGGAAAAAAAACGUCUGGGUAAAGGACUUCCGUCCCUAAGGAUUCAUGUUAUCGAUGUUUUGAUUUGCACAAUAUGAUGCCGUAUUCAUGCACUUGUUUUUGUUUUGUUUUUUAAGGGAAGCUUGCGAGAUUACACUUAUCUGCCCUCCUGCAUGUGUAUCCUCCAGUUGUGUUAAUCUGCGGCUUCAAAAUGUCAUUUGUAAGCAAUUAAAUCAGUUUGCUUUUCUUUCUACGAACAUGUACACAUUUCUGACCUUUGGGGAAGGAAAUGGUUUGAUAUUGCCUGUGAGUAUCACACCUAUAUGUGACAUAUUUGAGUCAAUGCCCGUGUGAAUACGACCAGGGAAAAGCCGGUCUAGACACGCACCGCCGACGAACGUGUCGUUUUAUUAAGCUGUUUGUUAUACAUAUCUUUUUUCGUUUUGAGCGUUUUUUAUACAGUAAUAUAUUUGGAUUCUCCCCGCUCAAUAACCUCUUGGAUUUCAGCAGCUGCAUAAUCAUUAGUGGAGUGAGUCUUAUAUAUAGUUUGCCUCUUUCUUUUGGUGUAUUUGUUCAUAUUGAUAAGGCCGAACAUGUUUGACUUGUGAGCCAUAUUUGUUUCUUUUCCCGAGGAGGUAAUUGUCCUGCGUUACAACUAAUCAAUUUCUUAACCAGUUCUUUUAUUAUGUCUCGCAAAGUCACAUUUUUGUUCAGAACACCCACAAACUUCUAAAACUCAACGACGGCACAUUGAUAACUGAUCACAACUUUUAUGGGGUUAAUGUGAGAAAUACAUAAUUGACUGUUUGGAUUAAUUUCUGAAUGAAUGUUACCCAGGAGCUCUCAUGACAUGAACACUCACAUCUAUUUCAUUGAUUUAGUGUGUGUGUGUGUUUGUGUGUAUGAAGACAAUUUCCAUGCUUCAAGAAGCUGUGAUGUAAUUGAAUGCAGAUUAUUUGCCUUCCUGAGUUGUUUUCAUGCCCAAAUGAAUGUAUGUUCAGCCCUUUCUGUGUUUUGUGUAUAUACAGUUGUUGGGCAAUGCCUUCCCCCAUUCCCUUGCUAAACAUCAAGAAUCAAUGUCGCCCGUUACAGUGUUUCUAUCAACUACAGCUACAGCUCCAAAAUGCUAUGCUGUUUAGAGCAGGGAGGAAAUAUCCUACUCUUACAUAUCUAAGGAAAAAUCCACCUUGGAACACUGAACAUGUAGAGAAUCAAUUUGGAGGUGAUGCCGUUUUAUUAAAUGACUUCUCACUGGGUUGUCCAAGGGCAUUUUGGGAAAGAUGAAGGCUUCAGAAUGCGAUACAUAUAUAUUGAUAUGUAAAUAUAUAGAUAUGUGUAUUUAUACAUAUGUGUGUAUAUAUAUAUAUAUUUAUUUAUAUAUAUUCAUGUAUUUUUAUAUUUUUAUAUAUAUGUAUUUAUAUAUACAUAUAUAUAUUUAUAUAUGUAUAAAUAUAUACAUAUAUAUAUUUAUAAAUAUAUUUAUAAAUAUAUAUAUUUAGAUAUAUAAAUAUAUUAAAAUAUAUAUAUAUAUAUAUAUAUGUAUGUAUUAUCUUGUUUCCUCAGCCCAAUUGACGGGGUUCCUCCGCCUGGUACCAGUACCGGGGGGGGCGAGGACUACGGUUUCUUGAUAAGUGGCUAGAUUUUUCCUUCGAUGUAACGAGACUCCCGAUGGACUCGUCCAAGCUAACGCAACUAGAGACGUAAUCCGUCAGACUCGGAAGCAAACGCACAUUUCCUGUUCUUUUCUACGAAAGAGACGUGUUGCCCAUGUGAAUAUUGGCUUGCCGGCUGCUAUACUUGUCAAUCUCUCUCUUGUCCCCUGUAUAUCAAGAUUUUUGUGCAAUAUUUUUGUAGGAAAUUAAGGUGAUGAUCAGGAAUGAAUCCCCAAUGUCUGUGACUUCUCUUGCUUUUUUUCUUUCUCUUUAAAAACACAUGUCCUGUGUGUGCCCAUCUGCCUGGUAGUGUGACCUGAGGGGGACCAAUGAGAACCCUCGGGCCUGAGAGGCGCUGCUUUUGCCGCUGCAUCCGUUUCUAUGUGCUCUUCCACAGAUCUCAUAAUCAAAUGCUUCUGCCCCCCCCCCCCCCUCUAACCUUUGAAACUGCACUUAAAAGACGACGGCCCACGGCUUUCAGCGGGGUCGAGAAAUGCCGUUUUUUUUCUUCUAUUUGUGUAACGUGAGGGAUGUGGCACACACUUUUCAAAAAAGGCUCGUGAUGACGCUUUAUUGUCCAUAAACCUAAAUAAACAAGCUCAAAUGAA